CAGGACUUGAAUUCCUGUUUCUCAUCAACAGCAUCCACCCAUUCUCUCUCGACACCCUUUUUUAUAAUUAUAUAUACAUAACACAUUUUUUUCGCCGGUCUUUUUACAUAUUUAUGUAUAUAAUUCUCAUUUUUCCCUCACCUCCAAUAAAAAAUCAAUUUUAACUUCGCGAAAACUUAAAAAAAAACACACACACACACUUUCCCACGAAUAUCGUCGCGGGAAAGUAAUCUCGGCUAAAUUAUGUGACCGCGUAUAUUAAUGCGUACGUGAGUGCGCGACUUUAAGACAAUAAACUUUAUUUUUUGAUAAAUCGAAAAAGAAAAUGAAAAAAAAUUCGAUUGAACAAAGGGAUUUUCGAUAGCGUUUUCUCGUCUCGUUUGACCCGUUCACCAUUGAGUCGCCGAGUUCCUCGUACCGUUCGGACUCAGGCCCGGACCUCGUCGAUCGAAUUGCCGAUCGUAUCGCCGAGGACUUUAGCGAUUCUGAGUUUUCUGAGGACGAUUUAAUACGCAAUACUUGCGACAGUUUCGUCGUGUUGAUGAGCGACUCUUUUGAGGUUAUAUCCUUGCCGGCCGAAAUGAUACAGCCGGCAAGCUACGGCAAAAAGAGCAAUACGUGGUAUGCAACCCCCGGUGGGGGUGCAAGUAGGGGUGGAGGUGCUGGUACUGGAUUGGGUGGAGGCGGAGGAGUCGGAGUGUGGCAAAGCAGAAGUACCCCGGCAGUGGCAAGUCUUAGCAGGAAAGCGUCUAUCACCGACGAAGCCCCCCCUCCUGGGGGUGGAAAACCCUCUUCCGGUCGCGUCAUUCGUAUUGUCAACAACCUCGAUCACACGGUUCAGUGCCGAGUGCUCUUGAAUCUUCGAACGUCCCAACCGUUCGAGGAAGUGCUCGAGGAUUUGGGCCAAGUGCUCAAAAUGAACGGGGCCAAGAGAAUGUUUACUGUCUCAGGACAAGAGGUACGAAGUUUCUCACAAUUGAGAAAUGAAUUUGCCGAUGUGGAUACAUUUUAUUUGGGAAUUGGCGCUGGUACCGGAAUUGGUACGGCCCUGGGUUCACCAGCGAGAAGAUCGCGAUCUCGUGGACCAUCAACUGUUGUCGAGGAUAUUGGACGACAAAGGAGGGCACGCAGCAAGAGUAGACCACGAGCUUUGUACGCUCCUGAAUCCGAAGUAGUAAGAGUCAAUGAUUAUAGUGUUGUAGAAGUAUUAAGAGAAGAACCAGCGAGAGUUACAAUUAGAGGUUUGAGACGAUCAUUCUAUCCACCCUCUCAUUUACCACCGGUUGACAAUUCACCGCCAGACAAAAAAUUACAAUUAGAAUGGGUUUAUGGAUAUCGCGGGACCGAUACGCGAAGAAAUCUUUGGGUACUGCCAAGUGGAGAACUACUUUAUUAUGUCGCUGCCGUUGCCGUUCUCUUUGAUAGAGAAGAAAAUGCUCAACGACAUUACGUUGGACAUACGGAGGAUAUCACUUGCAUGGAGGUGCAUCCUAGCAGAGAAUUAGUUGCUUCCGGUCAAAGAGCCGGAAGGCACAGAAAAGCACAACCUCAUGUUCGAAUUUGGUCAACAGAAACUCUUCUCACUCUUUACGUUUUUGGAAUGACGGAAUUUCAAAUGGGCGUUUCCGCUCUUGCCUUUUCACAAUUGAAUGGGGGAAGUUACGUUUUGGUUGUCGACGCUGGUAGGGAAGCAAUUCUUUCUGUUUGGCAAUGGCAAUGGGGACAUUUACUCGGCAAAGUGGCGACACUGCAGGAAGAUUUGACUGGAGCAGCUUUUCAUCCUCUCGAUGACAAUCUUUUAAUCACUCAUGGUCGAGGUCAUUUAACAUUUUGGAAUCGAAGAAAGGACGGAUUCUUUGAGAGAACCGACAUUAUUAAACCUCCCUCUAGAACGCACGUGACAAGUAUUCAAUUUGAACAAGAUGGUGACGUUGUCACUGCCGAUAGUGAUGGAUUUAUUACAAUUUACUCGGUCGAUGCUGAUGGAGCUUAUUUUGUUCGUAUGGAAUUUGAAGCUCACAACAAAGGCAUCAGUUGCUUGGUGAUGCUUUCCGAGGGCACAUUACUCUCCGGUGGUGAAAAAGAUCGAAAAAUUGCUGCAUGGGACUCCUUGCAAAACUACAAACGAAUAACAGACACAAAGUUACCAGAAUCUGCCGGUGGAGUGCGAAGUAUUUAUCCCCAACGGCCAGGAAGGAAUGACGGCAACAUUUACGUUGGAACAACGCGAAAUAAUAUUUUGGAAGGUUCUCUUCAGAGACGUUUCAACCAAGUUGUGUUCGGUCAUGGACGACAGCUUUGGGGUUUGGCUGUUCAUCCGGACGAUGAAGUUUUUGCAACCGCUGGUCACGAUAAGAAUAUCGCUUUAUGGAGACGACACAAAUUACUUUGGACCACUCAGGUUGGUUUUGAGUGCAUUUGCAUUGCUUUCCAUCCUUUCGGAGUCGCUCUCGCCGCAGGUUCUUCCGAGGGUCAUCUCUUAGUUUUGGCAGCUGACACUGGAGCUGCAGUGGCAACGCUGAGAGUUUGUGGAUCUCCCUUGUCCUGUAUUGGUUACAAUCCAACUGGCGAAAUGGUAGCAAUGGGCUCACAAAACGGAAGUGUAUAUUUGUUUAAAGUAUCACGAGAUGGAUUCUCGUAUAAGAAGAGCAAUAAAAUUAGAGGAACACAACCUUUAGUUCAACUCGACUGGAGUUCCGACAGUCGAUUCUUACAAACAGUCACACAAGAUUAUGAUCUUGUUUUUUGGGACGUUAAGGCUCUAUCGUCAGAAAAGAGUCCUUUAGUUAUGAAAGACGUGAAAUGGUACACUUAUAACUGCACCGUUGGAUUUAUGGUGUCAGGAAUGUGGAAUAAUCGUUAUUACCCAUUGACAACGGUUUUGACAACCGCGAGUCGUUCAGCAGCUCAUGAUAUGCUCGUGAGUGGCGAUGCCGAGGGUUAUUUGCGUCUCUUCAGAUAUCCGUGCACAAGCGCAAAAGCAGAAUAUGUCGAGGAAAAAGUUUACAGCUCCCUCGUCGCCUGUGCUCGUUUCUUGUACAAUGAUCAAAAUGUCGUAACCGUCGGUGGAACUGACGCUGCCUUAAUGCUCUGGGAACUCGUCGACGAGUAGAGUUCAAUAAUAAGGAUCAUCAUUGUUUUGCGACUAAUUUCAAAUAUAUUGAUUAGAUAAAUCAAUAUUGUUUCCAUUUCCAAUGUUGCUCCAGCGACGUGAAUAUGAAUUUGUAAUUCCCUGCGAAUAUGUUUCAUAAACCCAAGGAUCCAUUUUAGAUGUUGAACGACGAGAAAAUCUGUUCUUUUGUGGUUUCCAAUUUUGAAGCAUUAUUAUUGUAAAAAUGCAGGAACCCGAUUCCUUUCCAUUUUGAAGUCGUGGAAUUUUAUAUAGAUAUAUAUAAUUCUGAUUUGCAAAAAUAAAAAAUUAUUUUGCAGAAAUUCCAUCAGUGAACAAUAUUUUGUAUGAAUAGGGGUUCGCACCGUGUUUGCUUAACGUGUAAGUUCAUUCUUCAUUCUUUCUGCAAAAAAAAGGAAACAAGAUAAAAAUUAAAUUUCCACCUUUUGUUUAAAAGAAUUGUGAAUUCGACAAAUUCUAAAUAGAAAGUUACUAGUAUUAUUAUUAUUAUAAACUAUUAAAAAUUAAAAUUAAGUUACAAUGAAAAAAAUUAUUUUUUCUGAUUUUUUUUAAUUUAGUAAAUUUUUUUUUUUAAUAAUUUGGAAAAAAAUGUACGAAUUUAAAAUUUGUUUUUAUUCUCACCAACUUAUAAUU